AUGUGGACAGGAAACAACGAUGGACAAGUGAGACAAGAGUCCUUUUGGGAUAUUAGAGAUACUGGCCUUGGCUCCUGGGUCCGGCGAAGAUUACUACAGUUGAGGCCAAUUGCAAAGCAGUUCUUCCGUUUGGAGAUUCAUAAUGGCCAGACCACGCGGUUUUGGACAGAUCUAUGGCACCCGCUGGGUAGAUUGAUUGAGGUUGCAGGUGAGAUUGAGACUCAGAAACUGGGUAUAGCGCGUAAUGCUUUGGUGUGUGAAGUGUGGAAUGCUGGUCAUUGGGUUUUUCGUCGAUGCCGAGAUAGGCAAAUGAGCGAUAUGAUUCUAGCAGUCGAAAGCCACACGCUUGUUGAUGAUCGUACUGGUCCUGAUAUUGCUCUAUGGAAGAGAGGACCAAACGAGUUUCGUAAGAUUUUCUCUACUGCUGAUACAUGGCAGCAGAUACGUACGCACAGUCCUACUACGGCAUGGAGCAAAGUGAUAUGGUUUUCCUUAGGAGUACCUCGUUUUGGAUUCAUUACUUGGCUUGCUAUAAGGAAUAAAUUGUCUACGGGGGAUCGCAUGCGUGCUUGGGGCCUCACUCAAGGAUGUCUGUUCUGCGGUGAACCAAACGAGUCGCGGGAUCACCUUUUCUUCGCCUGCCCCUACACUUACACGCUUUGGCUAGAGGUAGUAGGAACACUAAUGGGUCGGCCCCCUGAUCCAGACUGGGAAACCACGCUUCAUCUUCUUGCUACACACAACUUUGAUCGUCUUGCCUAUGUUCUUCUGCGCCUAGUAUUCCAAGUUACAAUUUACAUGAUUUGGAGAGAGAGGAAUGACAAGAAACACCAUAAGAGGCCAAGACAGGCUAGCCAAUUGGCUGAGGUAAUUGGGAGAGCUGUGAAAAAUCGGUUACUGUCAGUCAAAUAUUGGGAGAAACCUCAUCUACGGGGCUUGAUGCAGCGCUGGUUCCAUGCACACUCUUAG